GCAACGUGCAAACAGUGCAACAUUAGAAAGUGUCACUCUACCAUCUUGAAGCAUACUUGUGCAUUUAAGGAAAGAAGAUAUUGAAAUUUGUUGUGCAAAUUCACUGGUUUGAACUUAGAUAACAAUUGCUGGAUUAAUAUUAAGAAUACACUGUGAAGAAUUACUAGAACAUUUAGGAGAAACUUGAAGAUCUCCAGAGCACGGUUGCUGUCGCCCUCACAGCCAAUCCUUCUGAACAAACUUUUCCCCGAGAACAUGGCUGACAAAACUCCACCUUACAUUCCGGAGGAUUACCUUCCCCUGGAGGAAGAGACUGCUCUUCGAUCUCAAGUUGUUCGAACCAACUCAUUGUUCUGUCAGUCUCUACUGCGGGAAAUGUCUGAGAAUUCAUUGAUUUUGCUUCCCAAAGCAAAAUCAGAUAAAGAUUUAGCCAAAAGCGAUUAUUUCUCUUCUGAAUCGAAAGAAAAUUCGACGCCGGAUUCGUUAUUCAAAUUAAUAAGGCGAUGCAGUGGCAUGAAGACUUCAGUAUCAGGAAAUAUGUUUAAUGACCAGAUAGAGAAAAUAUCAAGCAAUGUGCCUUCAGAUAUUUCAUCAAAGGAAACGUCAAAUAAAACGGCGCCUGAACUACCGAUGGAAAGAUUCUGCAGCACAAAUAGAGACAUUUCCGCCAAAGAAGUGGAGGUUCUAUCAAGUCAAGUCCCGUCUAAAGAAUUCUCUCUGAAGAGGUCGAGGAACCUAUCUGGUGAGGGAGAAUCUGAGGAUUCAUUCGAAAAGAGAGCUAGGGUUUCAGCAGAGGAAAUUGGUACAGGAGAGCAAGGAAAGGAAAUGUUUCUUAUUUCACGUUAUGUCACAAUUACACAAGACAUGCCACCUGAGGCUCCAUCAGAAGGAACUAUGACAGAAACAAAUGUAGAAUGCGGGGUCUCGCCUAAUGAAAAUAAGUCAGAAGGCCAAGUAGCAGAGGAAGAGGAAGAGAAAUCUGAUGCCAACAUGACCAGUGAGGAAUCCAUGGAUGUUCCAAGUGUGGAAUCUGGGAAAAUGUCUCAGAGUUCAUCUGUGCCAGAUCAACAGCAGGUGUCAAUCGCUGUUGAUAAAGAAAAAAGUUCUGAAGGCGACAGGUUCAAUUUGUGGAAAAGAAAUUGUCCUUCAGACCCUAAACUGCGUUCGAAAAUAACCACUACCAGUGAGAAAUCCACAGAUGUAACAACUGCAGAAGCUGAGAAAUCCACAGAUGUAACAACUGUUCUGUCAACUGCAGAAGCUGAGAAAAUGUCUCAGAGUUCAAUCAACAGCAGGUGUCAGUUACUAUUGCUGAAGAAAAAACUUCUGAAGGCGACAGGUGUUCGAUUUGUGGGAAAAGAAAUUGUCCUGCAGAUCCUAAACUGCGUUCGAAAAUAA